AAUGACAUCAUCGGUGAACCAGACAUGGCGGUCAGGCGUUCAUAUGAUUAUGAGCCCUUUUAAAAACAUCCUAUCGGUUUGCUCCAGACAUGGUGGAUGCAGUUCCAGAUCUGCAUAGACCUAAUUAACAUCUUUUCAGUGAAAUUGUCAACAGCUUGCUAUAAACUUUAAACGAACGGCCUGACCUCCAAGCACAAAACAAUACGGCGAAAUUAAAACAAGCCUAUGUUCAAUUAUCUUUGCUCUUAAAUCUAGGUCUAUGUGUCAGGUCUGAAACAAGAAUGUCCGGAUUGCGUGAUUCUGAUGGAGAUCCACACAGAGAAAGGAGCAAGGUGGGGGCGGCUCCUCUGCCCAUCAUGGACGUUGUGCCAAAAGAAUUCCGUUCCCCGAACUUCGAUUUCCUGAACCCUCUGGCCGGCAAGAAGGAAAACCAAGAGACAUAUCCUCCAAUUGUUACCAUAGAUGGUCGUGUGGACACCGAUAUUGAUCACCUCAUCGAUGAAGAAGAAGAUUACACCGGACCUGUGGUAGAUAUCCCAAGUAGGUUCCCCAAGCCUCAUAUCUUCAGCGUGGUGGACGGCUCCCUGGAUGACGACAUUGACAACUAUCUGAAUGACGAUGGCACCAUCGAACACACCCUAGUAGACGCCCCAAAGAAUUUCAACCCAUCCGAGUUGAAGGACGUGGCCUCCAAGGAUGCGGCACAUAAAAACUUGGAUCUUAGUCAACGCUCUCCUAAUGAUGCUCCUUUGACUAACAGAUCGUAUAACAAGACUCACACUGAACAAUCUGAGACAGAGGUCACCAAUGAAGCGGUAGAGGGCGAGCUGUCAAUUAACGUUGGGUCGCACGAGUUUGGUCCAGAUGACCAGACCAGUGAAGAGCUGGUCGGGGCCGGAGAGAAACAUGAUUUGGUCCCUGUCGUGACUUACGAAAAAAUGAACUUUGACUUGUCCCAGAUAGACAAGCGAGAUCGUGAGUCCAGUGGUGUCGAUACACAUAAUGUGCGUGGAAAGAUGGAGGAACAGAUGAAAGAAGCCAUACGCGAAGGUCUGUCACUCGACGUAAUGCAAGACAAUAUAGCAGAGUCUAAAGAUCUGGCACCUCCAACUAUCACGGUAAAGUCAGAGGAAAUAGAGAAAGAGAUUCAGAACUUUACCAGUCCGGAAGAUAACUUUAUUACUACAGAUGUGGAAAUAUUUCAUACAGUAAUGUAUUGCCACGAUGACACGGCAGGGCGAGGCGAUUCUAUUCUAAGCUCGAUGCUCACAUCGAAUAAGGGAAUGAACCUCGUCGAUGGAGGUAAUGCACAACAGAAAAUUGUUGAUCCUCUCACGGACAUCCAAAAGUCGUUGGAAGUUCCCAAUCAACAGGGAAGAGGGUUCGAACCCCCGCCAUGUGAACAAGGUUUUGAAAUUGGCCCAGAAAUGUUUCCGAUAAAGGCAAAGAAAGAUGGUUCCUUUGAAGUUUUAAUUGAAAGAAAUGAUGACCUUUACACUGCAAGCAAAAUUAAUCCCGUUGGUGCUAUUGAUAGCAUUCCUUCACACGAAGGCGCGAUGAUAGGCCCAAAGCCCUACGAGUCUUUAGAAGUGGGUGCGAUGAAUGGACCACGAGAUGCCCCAGGAGACUCUCACACCCUAGAAGGAUCACCAAUGUCCAAAGACGUGUCCCGCUCUGAUUCUGACCUAGAUGUCCACGAAUCCAUGGCUCUGCUAUCAAAGCUAGAAGAGUUUAAAGGGGACAAGGAAAAAACCAAAGAGUUGCUAAACCAGUUCAAACAGCUGGUGAUUGAGAGCUCCCUCACUAAACUCGACCGGGCAUCAAAAAGUGAAAGUAUGCAGUCGUCUUUGAUGGAAACCCCACAGAGAAGUCGAAAAAAUUCUGAGCAUCUUCUAAGUUCUUCAACGCAGAUUUGUUUGGAAGACAAAUGUCUCCCUGGAAAUGAGAACGCUGAAAACGUAAAAACUGCUAGCUCUAAGAAUAUUGAAAAUGUUACAACAGAAAUUCCAAAUUUGAAUGACAAAACCAGUCAGCCCAGAGACAAACCAGAAGAAUCCCAUUUCACUGAUUUGCAGGAUCACUUGACGCUUCCUAAGACGACAAUGUCGAAUGAUGUCCACCGGGACACGUGCGUCUUCGAAGGUUAUGAAAGAACCAAACAGGAUUUUGUUGUUGAAGACAGACCGCCAAAACUCAGCAGUUUUAACGGCGUGGACUUCCGAGAGGAGAAGAGAAAGUGUAAAUCUAUUGACCUAGAGGGGAAGCUUCCAUUGGGUAUUCAAAGCACGCAUGUCGAUGAGAAUGUAUCCAGAACUAAGGACAAAAAUGAAUAUGUAUUGAAUGACCCAAGUAUGCAAAAAGUCAGAAGGUCUAGAGCCAGUCAUGUGACCCACGAGGAGGACAAAUGCAAUGACAAGAGCAACGAAGAUAAAAACAAAGAGAAAUCUUCCUCGAAAAAAAUCAAACACAGCACUCAUGGGAAGAAAACUGAGACUCUGCGUCAAGCGUCUGCUGAAUGUACUGAGAACGUUCCUGAUCAAAAAUCUGCGCACAAGUGCCCAAGCUCUGUGGGGCUAAAUAAAGAAAGUCGUCGAAUUUCAAGCGCUAGCCCAACGCUUGAUCGCUUGACAGGAGUCAUUGCUGGGUCACCACCGCCGACGGGACGAAACGAAUGGAACAGUAGUAAGAAGAGAAAGGAAAGAACUGAAUCCAUCGAUAGUAAACUGCGAUGGUUAACCCAGGAGAACAAAGAGAGGCAACUAAGUGAGAAGUGGGAGAAUAUACGACACAUGAGGAAGGAAAAUGAACAGUCCAUUAAAGAGUCCUUAAAGGUAGCUCUUAAAGUAGCCGAAGAGUCUGUCUCAGCGGCAGCUAAGGUGGCGCGGGCACUGUCUUUCGUAAUGGAGGCCACCAAGCCUCGUUUGAACCUGGAUACAUCUACCGACGAAGAAGGGGUGCAUAGAACGUACAACAGACUCAUGGAUACCGUGAGUUCCUUAGAAACUAGCAAACAGAUCCUUCGAUCUCAAAGCGUGUCGCCCUCUAAAAGAGUAGACAAGACUCACGUUUCUGUCCGAGAGGUAGGGCACAUCCAGGGACUUUUCGGCGAACAGGAGUACGUUCUACGAAAAGAAAAACACACGUCUAAAGAUCACGCGAAAAAAGAGAGAGGUGUGAAAGAUAGUGAUCGCAAAUCAUCCUCAAUUCAGGCCUUGGCUGCAUGUGAUUGUACGGUUUCAGAAUUAGGAAAAACUAUCUCAACGUCACCUAGAAAUCACUUGAAAGAAAAAAAAGAAAUGGAAAAUGGGGCAGUUGUUAAAGUCAAGAACGCCGAAGGAAAACAAAGGUCUGAAGAAAGUAGAGCAAGAUACAUAGACAUCAAAGUCGAUGAUAUGUCAAGCCCAGUAGAUGGAAAGCUCGAAGCAAUAAGACUAGCAGAUGGCAAGCACAGAUCUGGCGAAGAGAGGCACGGGAAAUCCAAAUCAUCCGAGGGAAAACAUAGAACUGGAUCCGAGGGAAGACGGAAACAUGAGGAGGCUAGAAACAGGCACGAAGACAAAAGGCACAAAUCUGAUAAAGGGAGACGAGAAAGGUCUGCUGACGGUAGAUCUAAAGCUGCAGAAACAAAACAAAAAAACGAAGUACUGAGGGAUAAUAAGAAAGAUAAGGUCUUCACUAUACCUGAAGGACACUACAAAGACAGCAAAGGAAAUCUCAAGGCGUGCAGUACUCAUAGCCCUCCUGCUAACGAAAAAAAACAAAGUGGCCAUCCACAUUCCAGGAAAAAUGUUCACCAAACCAACACAAUGAAUAAGGAACCAAAAGACGAAAGAAACAUUACAGACUUGGAUCACCGAGUUGGGCAGAGGACGCACCAUGACAAGGAGGAGCUCCAACAGAAAGAUCUCAGGUCUACACUUCAGCACCCUGAAGCAGGAGUGUUACAACAGAAAGAGAAUGAGGAAGCAGUGCCACACGAAUGGCGCAUCCCUCUGACCAAGCACAACGUCAACAGAAAGUCCGAGAGCUUCUUCGAGCAGGUGACCAUCCCUAAGCCUAUCGGGGAUUCCCGAGCGGCCAGCAAGAUUCUCAUACGCCGGUUACUUCAAGGAUCCCGAGUGGACGCGAUAGAGUCGGAAGCAAGCGAGACCGAUUCCUUAGAGUACGACAGCAACUUUAACCGAGUGCUGUGUGACACCUGCGAGUCUAAAGCGAAAAGACAAAACAAGUCAUUGGGGAAGGGAGGCAACACGUGGCAGACGUUUGAGGAGGACUUUGAUCCAACAAGAGGAGACAAGUCUAAUCGGGCAUGGGAAGACAACUGCUUUUCUAAGUUUAGCCAGGCACCCACGAGGGCAGAACUCCACACCGCGUUCAGUUAUAAGGCGUCUCAUAUAUCCAACAAAAGCAGAACAUCACAGGACAGCUGUGAUCAGCACAAGUCUCAUUCCCCUCACAAAGUGGUGACCCAUCAUCAUCACACAGUGAAACGAGGACUGGAACAUCCCUCCGAGGGGACAAUCCCUUGCCUGAACGCGGAGAAGUGCGAAUCGACGCCUGUUACCACACAUAACAGCCCGCUGGCCAGUAGCAUGGAUACAGACACCAGUGAGACAAUCAGCGGGCCCAAACUGUCGUUGCUGAAGCAGAACAUAAUGAUGCACCAGUUGCCUUUCCCAGAGAGAAGAAGAAGCACCGAGCAGAGGUUUCUGCGCGAUGGUCUCAUUUUCAGUCCCAUUUUAGAAGAAGCUACCGAGGGUCAAGGCUACGAGUCACUGGAGACGGAUAGUGUAAGUUCAUUGGAGUCAAAUCUCUGGUGGAAAUCUACCAAGGAGCCCAACACUAACAACGGGAACGUCUAUGACUUUGGCAGCGACGUGGACGUCCCCAAGGCUGCGAGCUCGGAUCAAGAAGUCAAGCAAAGUGGUUCUACUGCAGUCUCGCAAGAAGAUGGUAUAGUAUUGCUUUCAACCAGUCUUGUUGAUGACCCUGGCACGGCAGAUGGAGAGAGCGAGGGUUUAACUCGUGAAUCAACUUUGAAAUAUGCUGCAGCGGAGGUGACACCGCAAGGAGCGGAGCCGUCUGGGAAAGAGGUGACUGAGAGUGCUGGUGAUCCAAAAAAAAGUGCUUUGGAAGAUCCACCUCAACAACAAAAAUCUAUUAAACAGGAUGAUACAAACAAUGAAGGUCUAACCUCAGCUACAUUAGAAAUAGCUGAAGAUCGCUUUAAUACUACAGACGCAACAACAGUUCCUACCCCGGCUCAGUUUAAUAGUCACGACGUCGUCACAGAAGAUGGUCUUAUCACUUUGACCUUAGAUGACAGGAAACUGUCUACUAUAGUCUCGGAUAACGGUAAACUUCAUGCAGAAGGCACCAAUGAAACGAUUCGCCAAGGUGACACAAAGAAAAAAUCAAUGUUGGAUAGUUAUUACCUGAAUGAUAUUUCCAUGGAGGGCACCCAGGAGAAUAUCGUCACAACAGCUUUAGGUAAGCAAGUCGAAGAUCACCUUCAGAAUCUGAUAGUUCUCAGAAGCCAGGCCCAAGAGUCACAGCCAGUGCGAUAUAAGGGAUCUCAGGAAAGACAAUCUUCGCCUGGGAAAGCUGUCGUAGACUUUGCUGACCAAUAUAAAUUAAAGACAAAAAAUGAAGCAAGGCUAUCGAAAGACAGGGGUCAGCAAAUGUGUGACCAAAAGCUUUGCUCUCGGCUGGUGGAAAUCAGUAAGGGCCCCGCCUUAUUGGACACUUGGCUCAGGAAGUCCAAGUCAGCCUCAGUCGAGAUGAGUUUAUUCAAUCGUCUGAAGGAACAAGAAGCAAUAAGCAGACAGAACUUUGAGAUAGCCAGACGACUGUUGAGCCGUGAGACGUCGUACAGUAGAGAGGACCAGCUGGAAGAUUACCAGAAAAACUUUUUUCGACUCAACCGUCGUUACCCAGACGACCUUCCGAAGAAAUCAGAUGCCAGGGAUUUACCAUCUGUAAGAGCUAACUUCUUGGCGCAAGAGCAGGCUCGAGCCAUUGAUGAAUUCUACAGCAAGGGAGCAUCGAACAACAGACUUCAGAGAAGCUUCAGUUUGCCUCCGAUUAGAAAGUGGUCACUGCAAACAGAGCGUCUCAAAUCACCAUACAGCCGAGACUUAAUGGAGAAGGAUUAUAAGGAUCACUGUUUGAAAUUAGCGGCUCUUAGCAAACAUCCCCACGAGCACUCCGAUUGGUUGCCAAGCAGUGUUCAUAGCGCCAUAGCCAAACGCUUAGAAGAGAGGGAAAAAAGGCUCAGACUUGCAACUCAGAAGAUCGACCUCAUGUGUAAAAACAGGGAGCCACCCUAUGCCCCUCGUUACAGAUCCAAGUCGUAACAUUCUCCCAGAUAGGCUCCUACAUCCGGGUCUCAAGCCAGUCUAUUGUCUGGUUGGCAAUGUUGAAGUUUCGUCACAACUAGAAAAAGAAUACAUGUGUAUAUGGUCAAUAGUUGUAAGAGAGUCAUCUAGUUUGGUCAAUAAACCACAUAGGAUACACGACAAUGUUCUCUAAAAUGUUCAUAUAAUCUGUACGAAAUAAAUAAAAUAGACAAUGAAUGUAGUGAAGAUUUCUAUCAUCUGAAGUUUAUGAUCUAGACACUGCAUAUACUGACAGAAUAAAUGUUUUCUAAGCUUA